AUGCGUAAAUAUGAUUUAUACACAUCACAAUUCAAGCAUAAAGUGCUUGAAGAAUAUGAUCGUGGAAUUUCCGGUUGUGGAUUUAAAUCAUUAGCCAAACGUUUUAAAAUCACAGGUGGACAUAAACUUAUCAUGAGCUGGUAUUCUCGAUGGGAUGGUACUGUCGAUUCAUUAGAUCAGAGACCUAGAGGUCAUCGAACUCGCACAAUGACACAACAAGAAGUUGAAAAUUACAUUUUAGACUUUGUCAAAUCAAUGAAUAAUCAACGUAUUCCAGUUAAUUAUAAAAAGGUUCAAGCACAUGUUGAAUCUUCACUAAAACGAGAAGUAUCGAUACGUACCAUCAGACGAUACGGUAAAGAAUGUGGUAUACGAUGGAAAAAAACUCGUGAACUCACAUUGCGUGAUGAUGAUGAUAUCUUUUGGCACAAUGUUGGUCAAUUUCGAAGAUCAUUACAACGAAUCGCAAAUGAUCGAUUGAUAUUUAUUGAUGAAAUAGCUAUUUAUUCUGUUAUGCCUCCACGUCAAACUCUUGUUGCUCCUGGUCAACAGCCAUUUAUCUUGGUUACACAACCCUCAGCAUAUUCCAAACGAUAUGAUUUUAUUGGUGCUAUUAACGGAUCUCAACCUAUCGCAUGCAUGACAUUGUGUCCUGAAGAUCGUGAACGUCGAAGAUUUAAAGGUGUUCGUCAAGUGGUGAUUAACCAAUGGAUUACUGAUACAUUAGCACCAGCAAUCGAGAGACUGAAUAUCGACAAUAUUUAUUUGAUUUGUGAUCAAAGUCGUGCUCAUAAUAAAAUGGAUAUGAUUCAAGCAUUACGAGCUGGAAAAUGUAAUUCAGUGAAGCAAAUACUCCACAUGCCAACAGCAUCCGCAAAAUAUCUUUCACCAUUGGACAAUCCACUGUGGCAUUCAUUUCGAGAAUCUAUUCGAAAUCAACAUCCAUUAGCAGCAGCUGAUAUACCAUUAUUGCUUUCAGAAGCUUUUCAUUCGUUAUCGAAGAAAGAAAUUAAAAAUGCUUAUCGAAAAUGUGGCUUAAUAUAUGGAACUGAUGAAUAUUACGAUAGACCUUAA